CGCCAGUGGGCGGGGCGUCGGCGUGCAGAGGUCGCUCGGCGGUGGUUCCUACGCUGUGCUGUGUCCCUUUCCGCCGCCGAGCCAUGGCUUUUGUCACCCGGCAGUUCGUGCGCUCCUUAUCCUCCUCCGCCACCGCCUCGGCCUCGGCGAAGAAGAUCAUUGUCAAGCACGUGACAGUCAUCGGCGGCGGGCUGAUGGGCGCCGGCAUCGCGCAGGUUGCUGCAGCUACUGGCCACACAGUGGUGUUGGUGGACCAAACUGAGGACAUCCUGGCCAAGUCCAAAAAAGGGAUCGAGGACAGCCUGAGGAAGGUGGCAAAGAAGAAGUUUGCAGAAAACCCCAAGGCUGCUGAUGAGUUCGUGGCAAAGACCUUGAGCAGCAUCUCGACCAGCACAGACGCAGCAGCCGUGGUGCACAGCACUGAUUUGGUGGUGGAGGCCAUCGUGGAGAACCUCAAGGUGAAGAAUGAGCUCUUCCAAAGGCUGGACAAGUUCGCGGCUGAACACACCAUCUUCGCCAGCAACACGUCGUCCCUGCAGAUCACCAGCAUAGCCAAUGCCACCACCCGGCAGGACCGCUUCGCCGGCCUCCACUUCUUCAACCCAGUGCCGGUGAUGAAGCUGGUGGAGGUCAUCAAGACGCCCAUGACCAGCCAGAAGACGUUUGAGUCUCUGCUGGACUUCGCCAAAACUCUGGGAAAGCACCCUGUGUCCUGCAAGGACACGCCAGGGUUCAUCGUGAACAGGCUCCUGGUGCCCUACCUCCUGGAGGCUGUCCGGCUGUACGAACGAGGCGACGCGUCUAAGGAAGACAUCGAUGUAGCCAUGAAGUUGGGAGCUGGCUACCCCAUGGGUCCCUUUGAGCUUCUCGACUAUGUUGGGCUGGACACCACGAAGUUCAUCAUGGAUGGGUGGCACACGAUGGAUGCAAAUAACCCACUGUUCCAGCCCAGUCCUGCCCUGAGCAAGCUGGUGGAGGAGAAGAAGUUGGGCAAGAAGUCUGGGGAAGGCUUCUACAAGUACAAGUGACCCGUUUGGGCUUGGACCUCAGAGCCUGCAGCCAGGCAGUGGGAGCAUGGGGACAGGCCAGGGUGCUCCACAGCGUGGCAGUGCUGUCCCUCCUAGGCACCAUCUCCUACUCUGUCUAGCACAGGCAGAUCCCUGCACCGAGGGCUGACCCUUUCUAGCCCACAAUUCCGUGUCUCCGAGAGCUUUACACCUUGGUGCCUUGGCGCGGGCGUUUCUUUGAGCCUCUCAUCUUUGUAAGCACUGUGGGCCCCCAGUUGGCAGGGGACACACUUCCUCCAGAGGGAGCAUGCUGCAGUCACUAUCCCAGGUCCCCUGGGCCUUCGGACUUUGGGACUCAGGGAUUCUGGCCUCCCUUGAGGCUGAGGGGCUCUGCCCGUCACCGCGCUUAGUGGGGGGAAGCAUCAAGGCUUGGUCCGUGAAAAAUCAGUGCUAUACAAGGCUUCCUUGAUUCUGAUAAAAUGGGAUCCUUUAGUCUUAAAACUUUGAAUGGAAAUAAACACCUGUGAUUUAGCGUGGCA